UCAUAGUGUGUUGAAUUAUUUAGCCUCCGGUAAACAGUUCAUUGCAAAAUAAUUGGGUAACUCUAUGGUAAAGCUUAUUGUUGUUACAUUUUGGGGGAACAAUGGUCAAUGUUUCAUCAUCGUUGGUAUUUGACUAAGAAUAUAAAAUGUAGAGAAGCAAUAGUCACAACAUUUGGGAGUCUAAUUAUAUCAAAGGUGCUUAAGAGAUCUUAAAAUCAGAUUAGGUUUUCAUUUUUGCAGUAUACCUUAUCCAAAAAGAGCUAAACAAAGGACAGUUUUUCUAAUGUUAAGGCAAAAUCAAAAGGAAUACAUGAACCUUUUUAUGUUGAGGGACAUUUGUCAUGUGCUCAAUAAGACUGGUAAACAUAUUUUGACCAUCCAGUGCUUGUCACCCUUGUGGCAAAUGAGAAGAGAGUUUAAUGGUGCCCAACCAAGUUUUUAUAUAGUUCUACGGAAGUUCUUUUAUUUAAAUGUUUAUCAUGUUUUAGGAUGUUUUAAGUAUAAUGGAACACUUGACUGAAGAGGUGUUUAUGAGUAUGAGGAGGUUUAAAAAUGUCAAACACACCUUUAAGAAGAAGUGACAAAAUGACUAUGUACAAGGACCAAGUACUAGUGGUGAAGUAAUGAACUUCUCCAAUUGAUAAUAAAUCAUGUUUCUUUUCCAGGCGAAAUCAUCGUUAGUUUCUUAUCACCCAACUGAACAGAAACAUGUUUCUGUUAAAUAUUUGCAUCUAUGCCAGCCUCAUGCUGUCCCUCCCUCAGUGUACAUAUCUAUCAUGCACAGAGGGGACACCCAGACAGUGUCUAGAUGCAGAAUUUGCUCCAGGUACCAAUUUGGCCGGCGAAGGCUUUGAUAUCACCAAAAUGGAACGUAAGGGAGCCUUUGUGCUCGACAUGAAUCAGUGGAAACGCAAGGACAAAACAUGCACCCUGUGCAGCAACCCCUAUCUGGAGAACAAAAAGCAAAAGCUCCCCUUGUCAGUCACAGACUGGAUACCAAAGCAGUCCUGCAGCAUGAAAGUGUCUAGUACGCUCCACAGAUCCAGUGAGUCUCUGGUCAGUUCCAGCUCCUCUUCUGUGGAUAACAACUGGAAAUUCAAUCUUGAUGUUAAUGUGGGUCAAAAGAGCGGGUCAUUGAUGCUAGCUGGUACUAAUUCCAAAUUGGCUGAAUACUCCAUGGAAAAAACUAAGAAUGACAAGUUCAGCUUCACAAGCCACAGCAUGUCCUGUGAGUACUACAGCUACAGAGUGUCCAGCACUCCCAAGUUGCACAGAGAAUUUCGGAAAGCAUUGACCCAGCUUCCCAAAGUCUACAGUCCAGAAUUCAAGCAACGAUUUUACAAAGUGAUUGACACAUUCGGCACCCAUUACGUCACCAAGGUGAAGUUGGGGGGAAGUGUUCAGUCUGUGACCAGCAUCAGGCAGUGCCAGGCCAGCCUGCAGGGCCUCAGCAUGGAGGAGGUUCAGAUGUGCCUUGAAGUAGAGGCAUCCGCCAGCAUGAAUGCUGCAACAAUAAAAACUGAAGCAAAGCACUGCAAGAAGGACAUGGACAAGAUGGAAAGCAAGUCUUCCUUCUCCAGCCUCUUUAACGACAGGUUUACAGAAAUAAAGGGGGGCCAUACCACAGAGCCUGAACUUCUCUUCUCUGCUGACAAGAAUCCAUCCGCCUACAAAGAAUGGCUGAACUCACUACCACUGAACCCAGACAUUGUCUCAAAUUCCCUGAACUCUCUUCAUGAGUUACUGCCUACUAACACCCCUCUCCGGAAGAACCUGCGUUUAGCCAUUAGCCAUUACAUCCUGGAGAAAGCCCUGUGGAAGAACUGCAGUGAGCGCUGUCAGGCUGGCAUCAAGAGCGACCAAAGAGAUUCCUGCGUGUGCCAAUGCCACAACGAACUUGCUGUAAACCAAGACUGCUGCCCGACCCGUAAGGGCAUGGCACGGGUCAUCAUAACUGUACAAAGGGGUUCAGGACUGUGGGGAGACCAAAGCACAGCCACAGACGGCUAUGUUAAGGUGUUUUUCAAUGGGCAGAUGAUCAGGCGUACCGCUGUUAUUAACAACAACAACUAUCCACACUGGUCCACUGUCAUAGACCUGGGUGCUCAGGAUGUGUCCUCAGGAAAUAAGGUUAGAUUUGAAGUGUGGGAUCAGGACAACAACUGGGACGACGACUUGCUGGGACAAUGUGAGAAAGCUUUGACUGCAGGAGACAAGCAGGAUCUCUGUAACCUGCAACAUGGCCAGCUUUUCUACAAGCUGGAGGUGAAAUGUGCGCCGAGUCUGAGUGGAGAUUUAUGCAAGGACUAUAAAGCCACUCCUAUGAGUCAAAGUCUGAAGGAGCUGUACGUGUCCCGUCAUGCACAUCCAGUUCCAAAAGCCAUUCUUUUAGAGAUGGGUGUGUUUGUGGAUAAAACACUGAGCAACCAGAGUCUUACUGCAGAGACUCAGAAGUUUGAUGCAAAAUAACUGCAUUUUUUCUUUGUGUUUCAUGUUUACGUAGCAACAUCACUCUUCCUAUUAGGUGAUACAUUAAGCAAGACCUGUAACCAUAUACUGACAACCGUGAUUAAAUAUCUAAUGGACACAUAGAAUGAGAUGCAUGUCUUUUGGGAAAGAUUGGUUUAUGUGCUGACAAAGCGACUGCAAUGCAAUUAGGAUUUUACUAAGGCGUUUUACAGUUUCUGUAGAAUGUGUUAAGAGUCAGAAGAGUCCAUUUAGGAUCUCUGAAAUCAACUUCAGCAGAAGAUCCAAAAGGAGUGAAAUAGGUUGCUAAAAUGUUUAAAACAGUUCUGGUAUUUUUUUUAUACUGUAUCUGUGUUUAGGUAUUUUAAAUUUGAUUAUACACAUUGUUCUGUUCACCAUGGCUUGGGUUUUUCAAAGGACAGCAAAGCAUAUUUUAAAAGUCCUUUCAGUUGCAAAAAUGUGAGUUUGAGUCAUUACAGUUUUUACUUAUUGAUAUAUUUAUUCCUUUUUUUAUAUACUCUAACAUAAAAAGAAUCAUGUUCUGAAAGUCUAUGUAUAGUGCAUUUUGUGUAGUAUUUUAUUACUUGUGUGAUGUGUGUAUUGUAAUCAUGUCAUUAUUUUAAAGGUGUUUGUUUAUCUGUAAUAAAAGCAUUGCAUCUGAACCAUU